UGUAAGCAACGCCAGUUGCUUUUAAUCUCAGUAGGAGCCAUAAGUCGUUUUUAAAAUUACACAAAAAAAAAAGAUACGGAUAUAUGAAGAAGCCAUAACAAAUAAACAAGAAUGGACCUAUGUACAAGCGAUAUAAAGCAGGGAUUCAAUAUUGGACGUUUAAUUUUAAGAACACUAAAAGCUACACCGAAUUUUGUUGGUCAGGUGGAAUAUGGAACUGGCAGACAAAGUACAUUUCAGGAGAUGAGAGAGAAAAGUGUGAUGUGUGCAUUAUGGCUUAAGAAACAAGGAAUUAAAUCUAAUGACAUAGUAGCGAUAUGCACAAAUAAUCAUUUUGAUGCCUACAUACCGUUUCUAGCGUGUUUGUAUUUAAGUGUAAUUGCAAAUCCGUGGGAUACAUAUCUCACGAUAAUAGAAGGAAACUUAAGGUAUUUUUUGAAUCUAUGCAGACCAAAGGUAAUGUUCGUCGACAGUGAUAGUGCUGCAACUGUUUAUAAGACUGCAACAGAAUUUAAUUUUUCUACAAAAAUUGUAGUUUUCGGUGAAAUUGAAAGAUUCGAAUCUCUUCAAUCAAUCUUGAAUAAUAAUUCUCAUAAAACCGAAAUUAAUAAUUUCCACGCUUCUCGGGACUUAAAACAGAAUCACACGGUGAUGAUAUUGUUCACUUCCGGUACGACGGGUUUGCCGAAAGCUGUGAACAUUUCUGACACAAUUUUUGCAGAUUGGGCAAACUGUCGGUCCAUCCUAUUUCGUAAUAGCAUCGGUCUUUGGUUCGUAUCCUUGGGUUGCAUUAUCGGCGCUAUUAUGACAGUUCGCAGUGUGUUUUCACGUGUCAAAGUAAUAAAACCAACGCAAUGUUUCCAUCCAGAAAAUAUGUGCGACAUGAUACAAAAACAUAAGGUAUCUUGGAUGAUUCUUGAAACUAAUAUGUUGUAUUAUUUAGUGCCUUAUUUGAGGUGUGAUCUCUCAAAACGAUACGAUAUAUCGUCCUUAAAGUACGUCAUAUUUGGUGGUUUUAGACUUUCUGGUCAUAUUCACAUGAGAAUGUCUAAAGCAUUACGAGGCGUUUCCGUCAUUCAAAUAUACUACACGACGGAAACUGGUAUAAUCGCGUACCAAAGGAGAUAUAAAAAGUAUGAUUCUAGUGGUCAGUCGGCUGUGGAUGUACGUGUAAAGAUUGUCAAUACAAACAACGAUAUGUGCAAUCCAAUGGAGAUCGGUAAUAUCUAUUGCUAUACUCUGAGAUUAUUUAACAGCUAUUACAAAAAUAGCGCAGCUACACAGAAUGCUGUAGACAUGCAGGGAUGGUUCUGUACUGGAGAUGUCGGUUUUUUAGAUAAUGAUGGUGAUAUCUUUGUUCUCGAUCGCAAAGUAAAUAUUCCUAAUGACAUACAUUGGAUUAUACCAAAUUAUAUUGAAAACGUGUUAGUGCAGCAUCCGCAUGUAUCCAGUGUCUAUAUAAUACCAAUGUUAUAUCUAAAUGAAAACCAUUUAAUGAUAUUCGUUGAAAAACUCGAUCCGGAGGCACAGGUUGACACAAAAGAUUUGGCAGAAUUAAUACAAUUUUAUAUUUGUAAAGAACUAAUGUACUCUUUAAAAUAUAAGCUUCACUUUCAUAUUGUAGAUGAUAUACCACGUAAUUUCUCUGGCAAAAUGGAUCUAUUGACGUUACUUCAAUUAAAAAAAAACUGUUUAUUUAUAUAAAGAUCUAUAUAAAGAUAGAUUUAUAUAAAGUAACGAUGUAAGUAAAGAUAGAUAUUGCGCGAUUAAUCAAUAUUAAA